AUGACGACCAGGCUGUCACCGGCAGUGAGGAGCGACGUGGCGAUGCCAGCGACAUCCGGGCAGGCGUUCUCGCGGAGCCCGUCCUUCGUGUUGCCGCCGGUGAUGCAGAGCAAACUGACAGGCGGCGGCGGCGGCGGUGGCCGCGCUGGGCGGCUGCGCUUCAGCGUCACCCCCGGUCAGCGGCUCUCGGGCGGGACGGCGCUCCUCUUCCAUGCGUCCAGGCCGAAUGGGGGAAGCGUAAUUGCAGCGCCUUCAGUGGAGGCGGACGGCGCGCAGGGGAGGCGGCAACGGCGUUUCAUGCGAAGCGUCGCUGGAGACGUGAGCGGGGAAAGCAGUGCGGGCGCGGCCCCACUGACGAGGUGUCGUUCGCGCAGUUUUGGAAACUCGCAGCUGCAAAUGCACGGAACGAUGGGAGAAGGCCCCAAGGGAAGCAUUACUGGUCCGCUGAGCGAAACUUCCUCGCUAGCCACUGUGAACUCCACAAGGGCCAGCGUGCAGCUGCGCAACCGGGGGCGGAAGACGACGACGGGUUUUGAUCCCGGCAUAUACGGCGUGCUGCUGCCGGCAACAUUGAAGCUGCGAGUGGCGGAGGAGACGCAGUUCGGUGGCGUUGUGGGUGUGGUGGCCAGCGAAAUGAUGGCGGAACGUGAUGCGCAGCGGGCCUCCCGAGGUAUGGCUUUACUGAACACCAACAAGAUGCAGGCUGUGCCGCUGCUUGAGUUGAGACAAUUUGAGACAAAAAUGAAGCAACUUCAAGAACGUGGGCGACAAAUGCGGCGCAGGUGGAAGCGGAGCGUGUUGGGUGUGCCUGGGUCGAAUGGUGGCGCGGUCAUGAUGAUAGAAGACGGUGAUGACUUGAGCUCGGAGAGUGGGGGAGAGUACGGCCCCAAUGAUAUGUUGCAUUCCCCCCGAUCACAGAGGCCGUAUGAAAAGGUUGAAAAUGCUAAAACUGUUGCCGUCGCUCGGAAAGCACAGAUCGAUGCACUUCAGCACGUUAAUGAAGAGUCUCGGGGCACGGCGCUGCUGCGCCGUGAACUACAGAAAAGUCGCUGUGAAGUGGAUCAGGCGCGGAACGGUCUCUCUGCUUCGGAACGCCUCAGAAAAGCGCAGAAGCAUGAAGAACAAGUGCAAGUGAUGGCAGGCGAGGGAACACAGCCUGCGGGGAUGCAGCUUUCCAUGGAGGAUGUGUCGUGGGGUGCGGAUAGCAUUGCUUCGCUGCACAAUGCUGCGUCCUCCCCGCUUUCACAUUCCCUCUCGUUGAUCACAGGCACUAGACAUGACAGCAACAGCGCCUCGGGUCGCCGCGUCAGCCCUGUGCUUCGAGUUCUGCUGCAUCGUGGAAAGACUGCGAUGGUGUAUGGGCUGGAUCCGGCGAACUUGCGAAGUGACAGCAAAAAAAAAGAAAAACUGCUUCUGGAGCCACCGUAUUCUUCGUCAGAGUGGGCAGCACCCGCAGAACCGGUCUCAGGUGCAUUGACCACUUCGAAAGCAAAGUCGGAGAAGAUGGCAUUGCACGCCCACAAGGGCAACACACAUCGGCCGCGCAAAGCGCUUCCUGUUGAGUAUGGCGUAGGGGAACAGUCGCGCUUACUCUACGAGACACUUGUGACAGAAAGCCGUAUUGGGGAUCUGCAGGCGGAGAUUCAACAUGGCGAGGAUAUCCGACGCACGAGGCAGCUGCUGCUGGAUCUUCGACCGGAAAGGGAGAGGCUUCUGGAUGAGUCACUUAAGCACUCCCACAAGAACCCAAUUGUUAUUCUACAAGAGCACCGCCAACAGCUCUUUAAAGAGGCGGAAGCAAUGGACGUAGAGGAGCGACAGCAAGCAUGUUUCACAUUCGUUGAUCUCCUAGAAGAGCGAUACCGCGGCGAGAUCGCCGAUAACUCAUGGCCCGCUGUGGCCAAAGCGCUGCAGCGAACACGUGAUCUCAUCCAGAUCUCCCCCAGCCGCUGCAAUCUGCGCAGUUUUCGGAGCAAUGUGAAGGAUUGUUUUCUGAUGUCGCACCUCAUGGAGUGGCCCGUUCGUGAGUUCCUGCGUCGACUCGCCCAACUCUUUGAUAUAUCGACGGCACAGUACAAGGCGGUCAUGGCGAACGUGUACCAACGACUUGACCGACCGCAGAACUACCAGGCACGGUUCCGCGAGAUUGAACGCACAAUUCCUGGCAUGGAGCAGCCACCAGAGCUGCGCCUCCGCAUCACAGUACACCGCUGUCGCUUCGUGCUGACUGACGCAGGUACGUGCGCAGUUGUACUCGCGCAUGGUGGCGCGUUAUGCCACGAGGGCGGUGUGGAGCGGGUAGAAGUUUCCGUCCAGCUGAAGAGCGAUCAUCAAACGACUGUUACCACUGUGGCUCAGGCGCGUACGAACAGUGCAGAUGAGACGGACGACAUGGGUGCGAGGCAGCGAAGCUCCGAACAGGCACUGCGGUUUGUUGCAAAUAUGCUUGACCAAGCAUUCCGGAUGCAGCUGUGCGAGAAUGGAGCUCUAGAGGUGUUUCUGCUUCGCAGUGGCCAGGUGAUGUGCUCAGGUGUGCUGCGCCUGUCGGAGUGCGCCUUCAAUACACGUGGCGUCGCAUUCCUGUGGCUCCGUUUGUCAGGGCCGAUGUGCUCGCAGGCCGAGGUGAAACUCACUCUGGAGGUCCUGGGCGAUAAGGAGCGGCGGAAAAAGCUGCCCAAGUAG